AUGCUCCCCAACGUCCCAUGGUACCAAGAGCGCCGCCUUCAUCAAGUAUCUCUUGGUUCCCUCAUGGUUGUAAUUCUAAUAAGUACUGUGAAGUACAACCUGUCUAAGCUGCAGGAUGUUUAUCUCCAUACAAAUUGUCUUGCAAUUUUGACGAACAUGGCACCUCAUUUCCACCGUCUAAGUGCAUAUGCAUCACAGAGAUUGGUUAGCCUUUUCGAUAUGCUCUCCCGCAAGUACAACAGAUUAGCAGAUCAGAAAAAUAAUAAGAUGCAUAUAGGCAACAGUGAAUUGAGAGAAGAUGACAGCCUUUCAGGAGAUAUGUCAACGGAAUUGCAUAUUUAUACUGACUUCCUGAGAAUAGUUCUGGAAAUCUUGAAUGCAAUUCUAACAUAUGCCUUGCCGAGGAAUCCUGAGGUAGUUUAUGCAAUUAUGCACAGGCAGGACGUCUUUCAGCCUUUCAAGAACCAUCCACGCUUUGUUGAGCUGCUUGAAAACAUAUUUAAUGUCUUACAUUUUUUCAAUAGCCGCAUGGAUGCCCAUAAUACAGAUGGUGAAUGGUCAGCGGAGAAAGUACUCCAAAUCAUAAAUAUUAAUUGCCGAUCUUGGAGAGGUGAAGGGAUGAAGAUAGUCACUCAACUACACUUUACAUAUGAACAAGAGAGUCACCCUGAGGAGUUUUUCAUUCCGUAUGUGUGGCAGCUAGUUGUAACUCGCUGUGGUCUCAGUUUUUAUCCCAAAAGCAUAAAUUUGUUCCAAAUUGACCCGACUAUAGAAGAUGAUAAUUCAAGCGGUGAGGCCAAGCAGCAACAACAUGGUGAGUUGAAUGGGCAUAGACCUCAGUAGAGACAUUGGUAUAACGGAAUAUAACCGGAGUAAAAGACACAGGUGUUGAUGUGUAUAUACCCUUACACACGAAAAGCAUAAACCCAUUUAAGUCCUCUCAUUCUUUUUUGUUUAUAUUUCUGAAAUGGUUGCUGGGGUGUUUUCCUGUAGCUGGGUUUGAUAUAUCUCCAAUGUAAUGAAUAAGUGAGGAUGUUCAAACCAUGUUUUA